AUGUCGGGGCGGGGGCGGCGGGUCCGCGGGCGGCGCGGGCCGGGGGCCGGGACACGGACCCCGACACGGACCCCGACCCCGGAGCGGCCGCGGGCGGGGCCGGUCGGCGGCUCCCCGAGGCCCGGCCGGUUCUGCCCGCAGUGCGGGCGCGCCGUGGAGCCCGCGUUCCGUUUCUGCCCGGCCUGCGGCGGGAGGCUGCCCGAGCUGCCCGAGGAGGAGCGCGCCGAGCCCGCCCCGCCGACCCCGCCGCCGGCCCCCAGCCCCGCCGCCCCCUCCCCGCGGGCGGCCCGGCCCGGGCCCCGCUCGCCCCGCAAGCCCCGGCCCGGCCCGGCCGCGCCGCUCCCCGCGGACACGGUGCUGGCGGACCAGGGCGGGCGGCGCUGGCGGCUGCGGCGGCUGCUGGAGCAGGGCGGCUGCGGGCUGGUGUACGAAGCGCAGUCAGCAUCUGGAACCUGCCCUCAAAAGCAAAGCUACUCCCUCAAACUUGAUGCCAAAGAUGGGAGGAUAUACAAUGAACAGAAUUUCUUCCAGCGAGCUGCCAAAGCAGGCACAGUGGAGAAGUGGAAGAAGUGUCACUCUGUGCCUUUGCUGGGCAUUCCCAAUUGCAUUGGCUUUGGACUGCAUGGAGACAGCUACAGGUUUUUGGUGUUCUCUGACUCGGGGCGAACUCUUCAGUCGGUGCUGAGUGAUGGCUUGAACCUGCUGAGGGAGAAGGCAGCGUUUCAGAUUGCAGUCCGGCUGCUAGACUGCCUGGAGUACAUCCAUGAGAAUGAGUAUGUGCACGGGGACAUCACUGCUGAGAACAUCUACCUGAACCCAGCAGACCUCACACAGGUGACCCUGGCAGGCUAUGGCUUCGCGUUCCGGUACUGCCCCGGCGGGAAGCACGUGGCUCGGCGUGAGGGCAGCAGGACCCCUCACGAGGGCACCCUGGAGUUCAUCAGCCUGGACAGCCACAAAGGUGCAGGACCAUCUCGCCGGAGUGACUUGGAAUCUCUGGGCUACUGUCUUGUAAAAUGGCUCUGUGGCUUUUUGCCUUGGUCUAAUGUGCUGGACAGAGUAGAAACUGUGGUGGAGCAGAAGGAAAGGUGCUCAGGUGGCUGCUCCCCUGCUGCUCACAUGACAGCAUCUGUGCCAUUGCAGGUACAGAGAGGAUGUGAAAUGCCUUCUCCGACUGUGCUUCGGGCACAGAGCCAUUCCAGCUGCCCAGGGUGGGUGGAGGAGCUGCAGGGCGAGCAGAGGUGGCUGGAGUUGCUGUGCUGCUCCAGGUGUGACAGCCCUUGCUUUGCAGAGGCCCUGCAGAGAUACCUGGAGCAGGUGAUGGCUCUGGAGUAUGAGGAGAAGCCUGACUAUGAGGCCCUACGGCAGCUCUUCAAGAAGCCACUGGAAAAGAUGAAAUCUUCAGCCUAUGACCCUGUGGAUAUCCCAGUGGUGCCCUAGAUCAAGAGAACUUGCACAGGAAGAGUUCAGAGCUUUCUGCAGUGAGGCCUUUGCCACAGAUAUUUAACUUUUACCAGUUUUAGAAUGAGAGAGGUUUUUUUAAGUGCUUUCUUCCCAUUUUAAUGUGACCCAGUGCUGAAGUUUGAGGUGCUGCUGUACCAAGUUAAUGUGAAGACACUCCUACCUGGCAGGUCAGGGGAAGCAGUAGCUGGAGAAUUGCAAUGGAACCACGAGGAGCAGGGAAAUUAAAUCAGGGACCUUUUUUAACUGGAGUGGCAGAACAUAGUUUUGUAAUAAAUGUUGUGGACAAGCA